AUGGAAAGACUCAACCAAACCAGCAGUGUCUCCGAGUUCAUCCUCCUGGGGCUCUCCCCUCGGCCUGAGGACCAAAAGCCGCUCUUUAUCCUCUUCCUCACCAUGUACCUGGUCACCAUAACAGGGAACUUGCUCAUCAUCCUGGCCAUCCGCUCCGACCCCCAGCUCCAGACCCCCAUGUAUUUCUUCCUGAGCUUCCUGUCUUUCAUUGACAUUUGCUUCACAACAACCAUUGUCCCCAAGAUGCUGGUGAACUUCCUGUCAGAAAAGAAAACCAUCUCCUAUGCUGGGUGUCUGACACAGAUGUAUUUUCUCUAUGCUUUAGGCAACAGUGACAGCUGCCUUCUGGCAGUCAUGGCCUUUGACCGCUAUGUGGCCAUCUGUAACCCCUUCCACUAUGUCACCACCAUGAGCCACCACCGCUGUGUCCUGCUGGUGGCCUUCUCCUGCUCACUUGCUCACCUCCACUCGCUCCUGCACAUACUUCUGCUGAAUCUUCUCACCUUCUGUGACUCCAAUGUUAUCCACCAUUUUCUCUGUGACAUCAACCCUCUGCUGAAACUGUCCUGCUCCUCCACAUUUGUCAAUGAAAUUGUGAUAAUGACAGAAGGCUCUGUUGUUCUGGUGACCCCCUUUCUAUGCAUCACUUUCUCUUACAUAAGAAUACUCAUCACAGUUUUCAAGAUUCCCUCAGCUGCUGGGAAACGCAAAGCCUUCUCCACGUGUACCUCCCACCUUACCAUGGUGACACUGUUUUAUGGAAGCCUCUACUAUGAAUAUUUGCAUCCCUUGUCGAGCUACACUGUUAGGGACCGGGUGGUAACAAUUGUCUACACGGUUUUGACCUCCAUGUUAAAUCCUUUUAUCUACAGCCUGAGAAACAAAGACAUGAAGAGGGCUCUGGGGAAGCUGGUGGGCGGGAGGAAAUCAGAGCCUGAACCUCGGUGGGCAUGUUCCUGA